UCCACCGCCCUCUGAUCUCACACUCUCCUCACUGUCACUGAUCAGCAGUGGUCACUAGCUCGUUAGCUCCAUGCUGGGCUCGGACCAGCUGGUCCUGCACCGGCCGGCGCCGUCGGCUCCCCGCGCCGAGCCGGACGAUGUCGACGACGUGGAGGUGGAGGUGGAGGCCGAGGCCGACGACGGCCACGUGGCGGCCGCCACGGGGUUCAGGGACAUCCACCCGGAGCCUCCGCCGCCUCUGAGGCAGGCGUCGUGGGGCGCGGCGAGCCACCUGUCACUGUCGUCCUCCGGCGCGGGCGACGUCGAGCAGUUCGCCACCAUGAACCGCGAGUUCACCGCCAUGGUGGCUGCCGGCGCGGGCGCGUCCAACCCCGACGCGCCCGGAGGCGACGCCGCGGAGAUGCUGCAGCUGGCGCGCAUCGGCGAGAACGAGCCGGCGCCUUCGCCGACGGCGGCCGAGACGACGACGGCGAACACGCUUGCCGUCCCUGCGCCGGUGGAGCGGGUGAAGAAGGAGGAGGUGGAGGCGAAGAUGGCGGCGUGGCAGGCGGAGGAGGUGGCCAAGAUCAACAACAAGUUCAAGCACGAGGAGGUCGUCAUCAAUGGCUGGGAGAGCCAGCAGAUCCACAGGGCCACCUCCUGGCUCGCCAAGAUCGAGAGGAAGCUGGAGGAGGAGCGGGCGAAGGCGACGGAGAAGGCGCGGAACGAGGCGGCGGCGGCGCGGCGGAAGGCGCAGGAGAGGCGCGCGGAGGCGGAGGCGCGGCGCGGGACGAAGACGGCCAAGGUGCUCGACCGAGCCAACUUCUGCAAGGCCGCCGGCAGGCUGCCCUCCAAGCGCUCCUUCUUCUCCUUCUGAAUUAACCAAACCUGGCUUAGGCUUCUCAUGUUAAUUAGCUAUGUUCUACUUAAUUGAUCAAUCAAUUUCUCAUCUUCUUGCCUAUGGGCUAUGGUUGAUCAUUAGCUACCUCUUCUAUACUUUGUAUAAUCAUGAUAUUUCAUGUAUAUAUGUGUACUGAAUUUUGAAGAAUUUGUGCCUUAGUUUUGUGUUGUAAACAUUCAGAGUUCAGAGCGAUGAUUCACAAAUUAAUGAUCAGUACUGAAAGUAUAGCAGUACUUAGACCUGUCCUAGCUACUGUAUGUUUGUAUUGUAGAAUCUGAAAUGUGAGUCAUU